UCUCCUUCAUCCUGCCCAGCUUUAGUGCUUCUCUUUUUUUUUUCCCCUUCCUCUCUCAAUCGAAGGAGAAGACUUGGAGAGGCCGGCUCGGUCUUAACAAGAUUCUUCCAGACUGAAUGCACUCAAAAUAACGUGAAAGAAAACGUAACCAGGAAACGGGGCUGUGUGUGUGUGCACAGAGUCCAUCUGGAAACGGACGAUAGGGAGAUGUGAAGCUCUUUAGUUGUUGCAGUGCCGGAGUAGUCAACAGUAACCGGGAAAGAUGGCGAGGACACGGGCUCGCAUGUUCCUCGUCUUGGCUGUAGUUGGAAUUUUCUGUCUCGAUGUCUCGGUCAGAGGAGAGCUGCAGGGAGAGCAACAGGAGGAGGAGGAGAGGUCCUGCCAGGGCGCCUUCGACCUCUAUUUUGUUCUGGACAAGUCUGGGAGCGUGAAGCAUCAUUGGAUAGAGAUCUACUCCUUUGUGGAGCAGCUGGCAGAAAAGUUUAUUAGCCCUAUGUUGAGAAUGUCCUUCAUAGUCUUCUCAACACAAGGAAAAAUCAUCAUGAAACUGACCGAGAACAGGGAGGACAUCACUGGAGGCUUAAUGGCUCUGAGGAAGGUUAUCCCUGGUGGAGACACGUAUAUGAACUUAGGCCUGGAGAUGGCUAAUGCACAGAUCUAUAAAGAGAAACAAGGGACUGCCAGCGUCAUCAUCGCCUUAACUGACGGAGAGCUGAAUGAGUGGCAGUUUGACACAGCACAGAGAGAGGCACAGAGGGCCAGAUCUAUGGGAGCUAUUGUUUAUUGUGUAGGAGUCAAAGAAUUCAACCAGACCCAGCUUGCAACUAUUGCAGACACAGUGGAACAUGUGUUUCCUGUAUGGGGAGGCUUCCAAGCCCUCAGGGGAAUCAUUGACUCAAUCAUUAAGAAGUCCUGCAUUGAGAUUCUGGCAGCAGAGCCGUCCAGUGUGUGUGCAGGAGAGAGUUUCCAGGUGGUUGUGAGAGGUAAUGGCUUUCUCCAUGCAAGAAACAUCAACCAGGUCCUCUGCAGCUUCAAAUUAAAUGACACACAUACUGUGGAUGAGAGACCAGCUGGAAUAGAGGACACCUUUCUGCUGUGCCCUGCUCCUGUGGUAAAGGAAGUGGGGAAAGUGAUCUACCUGCAGGUGAGCAUGAACGAAGGCCUCUCCUAUAUCACCAGCUCUGUUCACAUCACUACUACUGAAUGUUUUGACGGCACCAUCGUGUUGAUAUCCUUGCUCGUGGUAUUCCUGCUGUUGGCUCUGCUGCUGAUGUGGUGGUUCUGGCCUCUCUGCUGCACUGUGGUGAUCAAAGAGCCUCCACCACCUCCUCCUCCAGAGCCUGAGUCAGAUGAUGAUGAUGGUUUACCCAAGAAAAAGUGGCCCACAGUGGAUGCUUCAUAUUAUGGAGGAAGAGGAGUAGGUGGCAUCAAGCGCAUGGAGGUGCGAUGGGGGGAGAAAGGAUCCACAGAGGAAGGUGCGAAGCUGGACAAACCUAAAAAUGCUGUUGUGAAGAUGCCGGAGCAGGAAUUUGAACCCUAUGAGCCCAAGCCCCGAAAGCCUCCCCGUCGACCCCCACAACAGAGGAGGUGGUACACCCCCAUUCAGGGGAAACUAGACGCUAUCUGGGCUCUGUUCAGGAGAGGCUAUGACCAGGUAUCUCUGAUGAGACCGCAGCCUGGAGACGAGGGCCGCUGUAUUCGCUUUCAGCGCGUCAAAGAUGGAGAGUCCACCCCAAACAACCGGGCCCCUCCUCGUGCACAUUGCUCUCCCUCGGCUCCGCCCGCUCCUCCGGUUUUUGAACAGCAACCUCUGGUGUCUUACUCCGUUCCCCGCACGAAGCCUCCGUCAAGGGGGCCCCGUACCACACCACCCUCAUCCACCACACCACCUGCAAGGGCACCCCCAUCCAUGGUACGACCACCUCCGUGUCCACCCCCAACUCGCACACCCCCGGGUCCACCAGGACCCCCGCCUUCUCGACCCCCACCCAGGCUCUAAUGAUAAA